ACUUCAUGUUCGUUUCAGAAAAAAACCCCAAAAAAAGAAAACGAUCGCGGAAACCGCCAACGCUAACUCUCGGACGUUUUCUUUUAGACCAGAGAAAGAUAGAAAUACGGCUCAUAGAAUUUAUCGCCCGUUCACGUUUUUGCCUCUUCCAUUUUCUCUUCCUCUCUCUAGGAACAUCCAAUCGGGAACCCUACCGGUUCUUUUGAUUCCGGCGAGGAAGAUGGACGGGUUCGGAUCGGGUCAGAGGCCGCACGCCGCUGAUCGGAGGACGGAGAUCGUGAGCGGCAAGGGGUACGGCGUCGGGGCGAGUCAGAUCUACGCCACGCGGUCGAGCUCGUCGGAUCUUCCUCCUCCUCCACCGCCGACGGAAGCGCCGCGUGCGAGCAACGCGUCGGCGAAGCCGUGGGGGUUGAGCGACGCGGAGAUGAGGAGGAAGAAGAGGAUCGCGAGGUACAAGGCGUACACGGUCGAAGGGAAGGUGAAGGCAUCGCUGAGGAAGGGGCUUCGUUGGAUUAAAGACAAAUGCUCUCAGAUUGUCCAUGGAUAUUAACCAGCUGACUUUUUUCCUGCACCGGCGGGUUCGAUCGGAGGAGGAAACUGUGCAUGCGGUGUUUUACGGCGGGAUAGGCGGCGACAAUCUGCGGCGGCUAAGUUUUCCGAUGUGAUUUCCGGCUGGAUAGGCGGCGAGAAUCUCUGGAGAGAGGGAAUUGGUCGGUGAAAUGGGAUUUUGAAUUUUAUUUGUUUACCAAUCCGAUUCGGGCAACUUUGCAUUUUAAACCCAAAAAACAAAAACUUUGCAUUCCA